AUGGAUCCUGAUACAUUCGAAGCAUUAGCUAAUGGCACAGACGGUGCCAAAAUGUUGGCUGAAGUGUUAAUGGUUAACCGAACAAUAACUAUCAUUGAUAUUAGAACGAACCGUUUCGAUGCUGGCGGAGUGAGAGCGUUGGGUAAUUCACUGAGAUUCAAUCAGGGUGUAACCGAAGUCGAACUUAAUACAAAUAAAGCCGGUGGCGAAGGUGCUGAAGCAUUUUUUUGUGCACUGCAAACCAUCAGGACAAUUCAGAAAUUGGCACUACGUCGCUAUGAUAUCACAUCAUCCAGUGCUCGCAUGUUGGUAGAUGCGCUGAAAGUGAAUAAGACAUUGACUGAACUGCGUUUGCAGGUGAAUUUUCUACGCGACGGCGGCACACAACAAUUAGCGGAAGCAUUAAAGGUGAACAAUAUACUCACAACAUUGAAGUUUUACUAUAAUUUUAUCGGGUCAGAAGGAAUGAAAGCCAUAGCAGAAGCGUUGAAAGUCAACAGAAAACUGACAUCGAUUCAUAUUCUUUGGAGUCGUACUGACGAAUCGGGUAUUGUAGCACUAGCUGAAGCGUUGAAACUUAACAACCUAAUCUUUCACUAUUAA